UCGUUUUUUAAUUCGUAGAACGACAUGCUGAAAAUGGCAACUAUGUCCAUAGGGAAAAAAGAAUCUUUUAACUUUUACAAAUAUAUUUGCCAAAAGAUUGGAACUGAGGAGGCUGUGAGGUUUAGGAGGUUAGCUUUCACUGUAAGGGAUAUUGGACAAAGGGGAACAAUUAUCAUUAGUGGAAGUAAAGGCGAAGGACUCAAUUUAAACGGCAGUGAUUUGGAUGUAAUGAUUAUUGAUACUACGUUUAAAGUGUAUCGAUCAAAAACAGAUGUUCCAAGUCAAUGUUUUCCGAGUCCGUUAAUUAUGAAUACCGAGGAGACACAUCCAUGUUUCACACAAUUGUGGAUGUUAAAUAAAAAUCAAACCACAAUUCCGAAUGUAUUGUAUACCAAUCAUCAGGGAAAUAUGCUUUCCAGUGAAUUGUUUAAAAUGUGUUGUAAAAAUCAUGCAGCUGUUAAUAUAUUCAAACUGUUUUCCGGGAUAAUCCAUGGUCCAUGUAUAUCAGAUAAAGAUGAAACAUUCGACCUUGUUUGGUGUUUGAAAUGUGACAACUGGAUAUUUCAAGCCACGUCAUGGGUAAGCAGAACACGUACAACAUGGCCUUCACCUGGAAUCAUUUCAAAAAUAGUAUCUUGUGGGGUGUUAUUUGUUCCAAUUGGCUGCAAAGGUUCCAUAAAUGAACAUCUAGAAUGGCGAAUUUCUUUUUCUGUAGCAGAAACAUUUCUUAUAUUUUCCUUCAGCCAUCCACAAUUGUUAUGUUAUGCUUUAUUAAAAAUUUUGCUAAAGGAAAUAAUAGAGACACAUGCAGAUUUGAAAGGUCUAUUGUGUUCAUAUUUCUUAAAAACACUAAUGUUUUGGAUUUCAGAAGAAACAGAAACAUAUGUAUGGAGACCAGAUAAUAUAAUUCCAUGUUUCAUGGCAUGUCUACAAAGACUGAUGUACUGUGUUAGAUACUCAAUAUUGUCACAUUAUUUUAUUCCUGAAAAUAACUUAUUUUUACGGUUCGAUACUGAUAACAAUGAACAAUUAACCACCAUUCUUACAGAUUUGUACGGUCACGGAAUUACGUGUUUCACAUCUUCUGCGACGCUACGAGAUUACCAAAGCCAGUUCCGGAAAAUGACCAAUUCGUUGUUAAGCGGAAACAACAUAUUCGCACAACAAAUAAUGCCGACAUUUCUUACUUUUUGUCAUAGUAGUCAAGUUAAUCUUGCGAAAGUGUUGUAUGAAUUUCUACAUCAUUCAAGAACUGGUUUAUCUAGAAGUUUAUUCGCUUUACAAUUUUCCAUGGAGUUUUCUCGUGCUACAAAAGCUACACAAUACCCUAAUAUUUUAGGAAACGAAAACAAUUACGUCAGGUACAAACACGAUCUUAGUCAUUUAGCUAUCGGUUUACAUUUUGAUGCUGUAUCAGGAUUGCUGAUGUUAGCUUCUUUCUUCUAUGUUCACAAAAACUACUUAGCCUCACUAACUAUUAUAAAGUAUAUAUUGCUGAAAUACACAGACGAGAAAAUAUAUCUUGGAUCAGCGGAGUAUGAGCGGCCAUUUAAUCAUUUUCAAAACAUCGUUUUAAAUCUGAUGAAAAAUGAAAAACUUUAUACAAUAAUCAAAUCAUUAACAAUUGCAUCUUUGCUAUUUAAAAUGGAAUCUUCAAUUAUUCCACAAGAACUACUACUAGAUGUUAAACGCACGCAUAAUUCUUUUCAUCCGUUACCAUUCGCACAUUUUCUUAACUUUCUAUGUAGCUAUCAUUUAAAUGAUAUUUCAUCAUGUAGACAGUCUUUACAACGACUUGGAUGUGAUCAAUGGAGAGGGCCUAACUAUUUGACUAAAUUGUUGUAUCCUGAAGACGUUAAUACUAUUAUUUUAUAUGGUAUAGCUCUUCAACUUAUGAGGGAGACAUGCUUAGCAAAGUUUGCUUAUCAAGCAGCUGAUUUAAUUGAUAUUCAAAAAAUGACCAGUGCAGGAUCGCGAUUGCACAGUCUCAUUUGA